GGGAUGCGUCUUACCAGCUGAGUAAGACAAUCCGUGGAAUGGAGCUGCUCGGGGUUGAUGCUUAUGCCCGGCACUACUACGACUGCUGCGGCUACUUGUUCGUGGUGGACUCGCGUGAAGACAACUACUGGUUUUCGUUGUACAACCAAGACGAUAUGCCAGCUGUUGUUGCAGCGCUAGAGGCAUCAUCCAGGGUGUAUGACGUAAUAGCAAGUGCUAUCCGGAGGAACUGGAACUUAACUCUUGGAGUCAGUUCUGAAGUUCCCGAGGACAUGGGUAACCCUAGAGGUGAAGGUGCUGGUGCAUCAACCAGCUCCUCGGAAGUGGCAAACUACGCCAAUCUCUAUGGGUUUGCCCGUAUGUCAUACAAGUUCUCCAAGGAGUUGGCCUCAAAAUGGUCCGAAGAAGAGCAAGCCACGAAAUCAGCAGGAGAGAUCAUUGGGAGGCAGAUGAGGGUGAUCUCCAACAAGUAUGCUGCAUUUUCGUGGCCGAAUCUUAGAGACCUGGGUCUGGCCACCACCAGGGGAGAGAACUGCGGAUGGUGCAUCUGCUGCAAAGUUCCCCGAUUGGAAAAAGAUUGCUUGUUCAUUGCCAAUGAUAGUGUUCAAGCAUCUGACAAUUUCACGAGCCAUGCUUUGGGUAUCGUGCCAGGGUCGGAUAGUAGGAAGCUCCAUCUAGUUGAUGUCAUAUGCCAUCUUAUCUGGAUCGAGGAUCGCCUCCGUAGCCUUCUAUCCGGCCCCUGGUUGGAUCAAAGCUACUCCGGCCGUUGGCGGAACAAUGCAGUUGAGGCUGCCCAUAUCGGAAACCUAAAGCAUUUACUCCUUGAGGUUGGUCUAGUUUCUUUACUGUGUAUUCAUCAAUUUUCAUGUAUUUUAGUAUUUAUAAUAGGCAAAUUGUAUUAAAGUAGAUUGUGGUGUUAAAAGAGUUUCUAGAGUUGUACCUUUAUUUAUGGCCCGGGAAGCGCCUUGCUGCGCUGCCCGGGCCAUAAUUUUUU